ACGGAUCUUUCAGGCGCUCGGAUCCAGAUGUGGUUUGAGCUUUCAACUUUAAUGGACAGAGCUUCACGCUGGGGGGUGGGAGAAUCCAGGGAGCUCGUUUCAGCCGAAGCUCAUCCCUGAUGCUCAGGACCGUCGCGCCGAACAAAUCAAAUAGAAACAGUUACGGGUAUAUUUUUUUAGGGGCUGGGUGGGGGGAAGGGUUGCCGGUGAAGCAGAGAGUCACUUGCGGACACCGACUUUGGAGGGGCUGAUGGCUCAGAGAUUGGGACCGAUCCCGAGACCCGCAGUCCCCCUCGCCCAAGUACUGUGCUGCCUGGUGCUGGCUUGCUGUGUAGAUACAACGGGCGGAGGGAGAAGUAGCAAGUUGAAUCAAGAAUCUCAAAUGUACAAUCACAUCAAAAAGUAUGAAAUGAUGGUACCCCGGUGGCUUACCUCAGGACCAUUGGAGCACUUUCCAUCUGAUAACCAGCACCCAGCCUGGGCAGAGAUCCAAUUCACAGCUGAAGGAAAAGAUCAUAUUCUAGAGAUCCAGAAAAAUGAGCAACUGAUGGCACCGGGUUAUGCAGAGACUCACUACAGCCAGACUGGAGAGCAAAGAACCAGCUACCCUGACCACAAGGUACACUGCUUUUACCAUGGCAAAGUGAAAGGCUUUGAGCACUCCAGUGUAGUACUGAGCACGUGCAAAGGGCUCCGGGGUUUGAUCAUUCUCAAUGCGAACCUCAGUUAUUUGGUGCAGCCCUUUGAAGACAGCCUUGACCAACACCUAAUCUACAGGGCUGAGCACCUGAAGCUGAAAAGAGGGACCUGCGGACAUCAACAGAACAAACAGGAGGAAAACUGGGUCAAAGACUUCACCAGGAAACUUCAGCCAAUACAUCAUCGGGAAAAGAGAGAUGUGGUGAAGGAUAUGAAGUAUGUGGAGCUGUAUUUAGUGGCUGAUUAUGCUGAGUUUCAGAAACAUCAUAGGGACCUUGAGCAGACAAAAUUGAAAUUGAAGGAAACUGCAAACUAUGUUGAUAAGUAUUACAGGUCUCUGAAUAUCAGGAUUGCCUUGGUUCACUUGGAGGUAUGGACUCAUGAGAACAAGUGUGAUGUGAGAGAGAAUCCCUACAGCACCCUCUGGUCCUUUCUAAAAUGGAGGCGGCAGACACUGACCCGAAAGAAGCAUGAUAAUGCACAGCUCAUCACGGGGAUCACCUUCAAUGGCACCACGAUUGGUUUGGCACCUCUGAUGGGCAUGUGCUCAGAUUAUCAGUCAGGAGGCGUCAAUAUGGAUCACUCCGACAGUGCAAUCGGUGUCGCUGCCACCAUGGCACAUGAAAUGGGGCACAACUUUGGGAUGAGCCACGAUGCUGACGGCUGCUGUGCGGCUCGCCCAGAAGAUGGAGGAUGCAUCAUGGCUGCAGCCACUGGUGAUCCGUUCCCCAAAGUGUUCAACAAAUGCAACGAGAAGGAGCUUCAGAAAUAUCUGCACAACGGCGGAGGAAUGUGCCUGUUCAAUAUGCCCGACACAAACACGCUGUACGGAGGACAAAGGUGCGGGAAUGGCUAUGUGGAGGAAGGCGAGCAGUGUGACUGUGGGGAAGUUGAGGAAUGUAACAACCCCUGUUGUUAUGCCAAUAACUGCACCCUGAAGAUGCAAGCAGAAUGUGCUCAUGGAAUCUGUUGCUCUAAGUGCAAGUUAAAGGCCCCUGGCACUGUUUGCAGGAAAUCAUCGGGACCAUGUGACCUACCUGAGUAUUGUUCUGGGGACUCGGAGUUCUGUCCAGCCAACUUUUACCAAAUGGAUGGUGUCAGCUGUGAUGGAGGUCAGGCCUAUUGCUACAAUGGGAUGUGUCUAACUUAUAAAAACCAGUGUGUGCUGCUCUGGGGUACUGGGGCUCAGGCUGCUCCGGCAGCAUGCUUUGAAAUGGUGAACAAUGCCGGGGACACAUACGGCAACUGUGGCAAAGACCAGCGAGGAAGUUACCGCAAGUGUGAGACCAGGAAUGCCAAGUGUGGAAAAAUACAAUGUCAAAGUGGAGCUGAAAAGCCCCUUGAUGCAAACGCUGUUGCCAUUGACACGACAAUAAUCUUGGAUGGGAGGAACGUGCAGUGCAGGGGAACCCAUGUGUACACGACGCCAGAACUGGAAGGGGAAAUUCUGGACCCAGGACUGGUCAUGACUGGAACAAAAUGUACUGAGAAGCACAUAUGCUUUGAAGGACAAUGUCAGAAUGCUUCUUUCUUGGCAGCAGAUGAAUGUACCACAAAAUGCCACAACCAUGGGGUUUGUAACAACAACUAUAACUGUCACUGCGAGCCUGGUUGGGCGCCACCAUUCUGUAACAAGCCAGGGCAUGGUGGCAGCGUGGAUGGUGGAAUUGGAGCACCCAACUAUAACAGCCUGAUUGUGGCAGCAAUCAUGGUGCCAAUUGCAUUGUUGCUGUGUGGCAUUGGAGUAAUUCUGUAUUACUGUUACCGACGAAGACACAACAUCUGUCCUAAGGACGUCAGGAACCCAGGGCCGAAUGAUAAACAGUUCUGCGCUAAUAAUUUGGACCUGAAAACUAACAAUGGCCACUCAAACCCAACCUUCCAAAUCAGAAACAAAGAUACAAAGACUGGACUGCAGCAGAGUCCUGCAUUGCCUCAAAAACCACGAUCACCUCACUCUUUUAACUCUCAGCAUUCUGUCUUAGUACCACCAAUUUUUCGGCCUACCUCUCCAGCCAAUGGUAGUCAGCAGGACAGUAGAGUGUCCAGCCCAGCAGCACUACGGACGCAGUCUCCGGCAUCUUUAAAAGAUGCUAAUGUUAACCCCUUAAAACGUAUGCCUCCUAACAGACCCCUGCCAGCGGAUCCACUCCCUCGUUCUACAAAGGUUUCACACAGGUUGGCAAUGUCUGGCAGUGAUCCUUGCUUCCAGGUGAAUAACAGAACCAUUGGAGAGAAACUACAGGAGAACAGAGUUCAUUCUGAAAUCAACCCAUACAAAAGGGACCAUCUAAAACCUGUGGCACAGAAACAGAGGAGAUAAUGGUUAUGGACAAGCCUUUGCAGGGGCACUCCUGAAACUCCUCAAGAACCACUUGCACUAUCCUGAUCUUUGCUGUCUUAGGAUCCCUUGGUAUCAAUGCCAGCCAAACAAUGAAUGUGACAUUCAGUUCAGUAGUACUGUAAAUAUAGAGGAGCCAUUUUUUACAACCUGCAUGGUCAAACUAGCAAUCGAAAGCAACUCGUCUCAAGUAAUUCUUUCGACUAAGCAUUUUCAGGAGGUGGGAACACAUUUCUCAGGAGCUUGAAAGAUCAUUUUUUUUGUUUCCAUUCAGUCAUUCUGUGCUGAAAGCAUGAAUCCCUCAAGUGACAGUGUUCAAUGAGUGCCAUCCAUCUUCUGGUACCUUUUCCACAGUUGCUACUUUUCAGGCUUGAGCCCAGAAUGGUGAGAAUUGCUAGGCUAUUCGAUAUUGAAGAACUGCAAACCUCACAUCGAUCGUUUGACUUCCAAUUCUGAUUCCACUCUGCAGCCCAUUUCCAAGAGGGAUCAGUUGGUGAUGAUCAGGAGAGGGGAAAGCCUAGAUGAACCUCCUGCACCACCCUCAGCACUGAGGCCAAUUGUAGAUUUAAAUCUUAAUAGAAUUGUGGCAUCUGACCGCACUUAGUCAUUUUAUGAAUGAAAUCAAUGCUGUACAUUGGAGAUGAACAUUUUAUUUUCAGGUGAUGUUAAGCUGAACUCCAAAUGAAUGUUCACUAAGACGACAUUCUGGAGGAUUGCAAAUAUUACACAUUUUUUCAGUAAAGGGGAGAGGGAUAAGCCCAGCAAUUACUAGCUAGUCAGCCUAAUGACAAUGUUGGGAAGAGGGGGAAAAAACUGUCCGCUGUUCAGUCAUACCUACUACAAAGGAAGUUGAUUGUGGUUGUUGGAGGUCAGUCUCAGUUUCAGAACAUCACUGCAGGAGUUUCUCAGGGUAAUGUUGUCAGCACAACCAUCUUCAGAUGCUUCAUCAAUGACCUUCGUUCCACCAUAAGGUCUGAAGUGGGGAUGUUGGCUGAUGAUUGCACAAUGUUCAGCACCAUUCAUGACUCCUCAGAUACUGAAGCAGUCCAUGUCCAAAUGCAGCAAGAUCUGGACAAUAUCCAGGCUUGGGCUGACAAGUGGCAAAUAAUUCACGGCACACAGGUGUCAGGCAAUGACCGUCUCCCACAAGAGAGAAUCCAACCAUCGCCCUUUGACAUUCAAUGGCAUUACCAUCACUGAAUACCCCAUUAUCAACAUCCUGGCAAUUACCAUUGACCAGAAACCGAACUGGAUGAGCCAUAUAUAUACUAUUUCUACAAAAGCAGCUGAGGGGCUAGGAAUCCUGUGGCGAGUAACUCACCUCCUGACUCCCCAAAGCCUGUCCACCAUCUACAAGGCACAAGUUGGGAGUGUGAUGGAAUAC